UGAUUGCCAACGUGGCUCAGAGAAGCGCGGUAUUUUUAAAGACAAUCCACUUGCCUCGUUGGGCACGCAACACUGUUUUUGAUUUUUGCUCAAGAGUAUUAUUUGUUGUUGAACAACCAGGGACUUGACAGAUAUGGCUUCUGGUGUUGCGGUAGACGAUAUAUGUGGGAAGGAGUUCACUGUUCUUGUAAGAAGCACACCAAGAAAGUACCGGGCUAUCGUAUUCAAACUCUCUGAUGACUUGUCCUCUGUGUGUGUGGAAAAGACACUCCCAUCUUCCAACAUAACCAAGUGUACUGCUCAAGAAGAUUGGAAAAAGUUUGUGACUGAAUUACCAGAAAACGAUUGCCGUUUCGCAGUGUAUGACUUUGAGUAUCAGACUUCAGAAGGUGUUUCCAAAAAUAGAAUAAUUUUCGUUCUUUGGUCACCAGAGAGUGCAAAGAUAAAGUCAAAAAUGCUGUAUUCUUCUUCGAGAGAGGCUCUCGUUCAAAAACUGAACGGAGUACAGAAAGAGAUCCAAGCAACUGACCAAGACGAGAUAGAGUUCCAUAACGUCUAUCAGCAAGUUGUAGCUUCGGCAACACACAAGUAAUAAAUCUCUUGUUUUCUUUGGUUGACCAUCCUGU